UCGGUCGCCAGUGUUGCAAUCCGGGAAUUCUCGAUUAAAAUAGCUCUGUGGCUCUGAUUUAUGUGUGGUGUGUCUCAAGUUCGUGGGGCUUUUUUUAUCUGUCGAGCUAUAUAGAGUAUCAUCUUGAGUCUUGACAUUUAAGCUUGCCGCUCGCUGGUAAUUAGAGGCAAACUCUCUUUUGCAAUUCGCGGUGAUGAAACCCGAGAGACAAUCGCCACCGAAUCAGCCAUAAAAUCCACCCCCCCCCCCCCGCAAAUGCAUCAGUGCAGGGCUCAAUUAAGUGUGAAGUGACUACCAAUUUGGACGCGAUUGUGGCCCAAAAAUCCCAGAACUGAACGACUGGAGAGGCAAAAAGAUCCAGUGGAAAAUUGGUGUGUAAAACUUUUGUCGAAUGAAUGGUGUUUGCUAACUGGCAAAAACAAUUUAAUCAACAAGUUCAUUAAAAGCGGAUGGAGUGAAAGUGGCGUGAACCCCCGCAUUUUGGAUACCAGAGGGUCGGCCUAGCGUCUGUGUGUGACAAACGACAGUCAUGGCGAAAAAUUGCUCCGACCCCGCGAUGAUGGUGCACCUGUUGAUUUUCCUGGCCAUCGGUAUUGACUUAUGCCUCGGUGGAGCCAUCAGCCACGCGAGCGGAAUUGAAGCGGAGCCAAUGUUUAUAUCACAAUCGGCAGCAUUUAAAUUCGUGGUCGGAGAGACGAUCACCCUUCCCUGCGAGGUGACACAUCCAGGUACAUUCGUCCUGGCAUGGAAACGUGGCAUCGCCAUCCUCACGGCGGCCACAGUGAAAGUCACACCCGACCCAAGAGUGCGAUUAGUGAACGGCUACACGCUGCAGAUCAAGGAGGCAGUGCCCCAAGAUGCCGGCGACUACAUCUGCCAGAUUGCGUCGCUCAAUCCCCGAGAGAUAACGCACCAUGUCGAAAUACUAAUUCCACCGAAAAUUCAUCAUGUAACAUCCGGAGGACAUUUGCAGGUGAAGAAGGGUUCACCCGUGCGUCUUGAGUGCUCCGCCACGGGAAAUCCCACGCCCAACAUCACGUGGACGAGGAAGAACAACGUCCUGCCAAAUGGUGAGGAAAAAUUCGUGUCGCCGUCGUACAUCAUAGAGAAUAUGGAUCGUCACAAGGGCGGCAUUUACCUGUGCACGGCCAACAAUGGCGUAGGCCACACAGCCUCCAGUCAGAUUAAUCUACACGUCCUGUAUCCGCCUGAGAUAUCCGUGGAGCGCCAGGUUGUGUUCUCGGGCGAGGGUCAGGAGGCGUCACUCGUGUGUAUUGUUCACGGUGAAGCCCAACCGGAGGUGAUGUGGUUUAAGGACACCAUGCAAAUCGACCAGACGGAUCGCAUGAUCACGGAGGCGCGCGGCGCGCGACACACGCUCAUCAUCCGCAAGGUGCACGCCAUGGAUUUCGGCAACUUCUCGUGCGUGGCGGACAAUCAGCUGGGCAAGAGUCGCAAGAGCAUCACGCUCACGGGCAAGCCCAACGUGGCCACGUUCAGGUCCGCCGCGAUGAGUCAGUGGCGCGACAAGUACAACAUCUCCUGGACCGUGGACUCCUUCUCGCCCGUGGAGGAGUACAAGCUCUACUACAAGCCCGUCUUCUCCACGUCCGACCACAGCCAGCACAUCUACGAGCCCAAGCUCCGGUCGCCCUUCAUUCCGGAUCAGCCGCCGAGUCCCGCUUACGACACCUUCAACUACCACGCCGGCUACGGGAAUGCCAUUCACUGGGGCAAGAACGAGUGGCGAGACAUUGUUCUUCCCGCCAUUCCCGUAUCACCGCACUACACUCAAGGAAUGAGCUACGUGAUAAGAAAUCUUGAUCCAGAUCAGCAGUACGAAGCCAAAGUGCAAUCAAGAAAUCGCUUUGGUUGGAGUGAUUUCACCGAGAGAUUCCUCUUCACAACCUCCAAUACAGACACCGAGAUGAGGGACAUGAGUGUCACCCACUACAGCAGUCCGAGCUCGGGGACAGGAAGUCUCUCGAUAUGGAGUCUGCACCUCACCGUGCUCAGCGUGGCCCGAAUUGGCCUUCUGUGGCGGUUUUAAGCUGCGCCGCGGCCAGUGAGACGAGUUUUAGUCGUGCGAGGGAAUCCAGAGAGAUUAUAUGAAUUAUAUAUGAUACAAGGGACAAAAACUGUGGUGCGCAUUUCAUAAAAUUAUUAUGUGUGUAAAAGUGUGGCUCAUUCAAAACCAAGUGGAUUUGAGUUCAUCGUUUUUUUCUUUUUUUCUUGUAUAUCCCAGAAAAACCCACGCGCUCUUCAUGUGUGCGGGUUUGACGUUUUUCUCUUCUCACGUAAAUGCAAAGAAAAAAAAAAAUUGUAAUAAGAAGGUGAAGAAAAAAAAAAUUGAGCUCUGUCAUUUCCCUCUAAAAAUAGGUAGUUGUAAUUAAUAAAGGAGAGCAGAAGCCAGAGUAAUUAAUUGUAGUGCAUAAAUUGGAGAUAAUUAUUGAAGAAAAAAAAAAGGAAAAAUUUCCACC